UACUGAGAGGUAAAUUUGCAGACGGUCCCUAAAGCAAGCCUAGGCGAAUAUCCACCGAAUAUCAAACCUAAAACUAACUUUACCGCACUCGGUUAUACUCGUUUAAUAGGAUUUUUGCAUUGGUUGUACUAUGCAUAAUGCAAACAGCCCUGGCUCUGCCCAUCAUCACAUUCAUGCAGAUGCAGAUGUCACGUUCACUGAGAGGUGUGUAGCAAAGUUACGAAGGCCAUAAAUUGGAACAGCCCACCUGGAGCCGCUGUGACGCAAUCACACUUCAAAUGCGAACUUCGAGGAGCGCCGCAUCUAAAGCAAGCCGUGUCUGCUUCAGAGCCUGAGUAUAUAGUUUAGUCUUGCACUGUGAGAGUGAGAGCAUGUCUGCUACUGUGACUCUAGCGCUGCUGUUCUUCUUGUCUGUGGCACUGAACGAACAGGUGACCGAGGGAUGCAGAUGUUUACCGAGACACCCUCAACAGCAGUUCUGCGCGUCUGAUACAGUGAUUCGAGCCAAAGUCGUUGGAAAGGUGAACAGCACUAUCCCUGAAUUAACUGCAUAUGAUAUCCAGACUGUUGAGAUAUUUAAGCACUUAGAUAUGAAGAAAAUUCAGGUCAUCUACAGCUCUCAAACUUCAUGUGGCAUCAGUCUGCAAAAGGACGAGUAUCUGCUGGCAGGACAUGUCAAGGACGGCAGGGUACUUGUUGAUUUAUGUGACCUUGUGAAGCCUUGGAAAGAACUCUCCCGAGUUCAAAAGUUGUACCUCAGCAAGUAUCAGAAAGGCUGUGUCUGUGAGAUCUCGCCCUGUACUGGAGAGUCCUGUUUGACCGAGAUCCUUCAGAAAAAAUGUCUGAUAAGAGUCAAUAAUUCAUUCAGUCUUAAUGAUGAAGAGGCUCUUCAGUCUAUUUGCCUGCCAGACAAUAACGGCUUCUGCAGUUGGCGAAAAUUUAAGUAACUACAAAUGUUCCUAAAAAGUAUGCCCUGAAGCACAAGUGCAUCAGCCAUUUGUCAGUGUGUAUUUUUGCUCUUUUGUUCUCCAGAAUGCUUAGAAUGCUUAUAACAUUUUGAAAUGAAUUUAAACAAUUUAAUGAAACUUUGCAAUGCAGUCAGCAAAUACAUACAAAACACUGUUUUCAUGGAGAUAUGCAAUCAACCAUUAAACUAUUUUGCAUGUAAAAGUGUCUGUGUGUAUUUCAUAGGAAAUGUAAGCAUGUUUAUAUAAAUAUGGAUGUUCUUAGUGGCAAAAGCAUUCAUCUAGGUAUUGUUUUUCGCUUUUCUAUUCUGAAGAACAUUGAGAUAAAAAAGGAGAGUUUAAUAAAAAAACUACAAUAACAAACAGCAACGUUUAAGGUUCAUUCCACAGAACCACAGCCACUUCAGACAGCA